AUGUCAACCAUCAAUAGCUUGAGCUAUUUCGAAAGCCAUCGGUUUGUGCUGAAAAUACUCUUCUUUGAUCCUGACCAACUGAAAACCAAUAGGAAGUUAUAUUUCCUUACCACCAUUGCUGUCAGUCUGAUUUUCACCUUCGGAUAUCCCUUUCACCUGGGAAUGAAUCUCUUUCGGAACGAAACAACGAACCAGGACAUGCUGAACUUGGCUGCAUUUCUGCCGUGCUUGGGAUCGUCUUUAAAAUUUUCCAUAUAUGCUUUAAACUACAGAAAAGUACGUCGAAUGGAAGAAUUGUUAAAGAUGCUGGAUGAAAGAGUUAUUGGAUUAAAUCAGAAGAGUAUAUAUGCCAAAGUAAGCUGGAAAGUGCGCUUAGUUCUUUGCAUUUUUAUUGGAGCUUACACUCCCUGUGGACUCACUGCUGUGAUGAUGUUCCUGUUUGCAGAAGAAUGGGAUCUAAUGAUUCCCGGCUGGUUUCCCUUCGACUGGCGAAGAUCUUUAUGGAUCUAUUGCCUAGUAUUGGGUUAUCAAAUUAGCGGCCUCUCAUAUCAACUGCUUCAGAAUUACAUAAGCGAUUGCUUUCCGUCAGUGGUCUUAUGUAUGAUUUCGUCUCACACCCAAAUGUUGUACUGUCGGCUUGAGGAAAUCGGACGGAAUUCUCUUGAGGAUGCGGAAAAAGAGUUGGAGAGGUGCAUUACAGAUCACAAGCAUUUGCUGGAACUUUUCAAGAUUACGGAAUCCUUUAUGUCGCUGCCCAUGGCAAUACAAUUUUCGUUUAGCGCCUUUACCAGCUGUUUUGGAAUUGCAGCACUUUUCUUUUUUGCCAGUGAGCCCAUGGUGAGGGUAUACUACUUUUGCUAUUUUAUAGCCAUGAUAGUUCAAAUCUUUCCGUGCUGCUACUUUGGAACUGAUUCGGAAUUCUGGUUUGGACGUUUGCAUUAUGCUGCCUUCAGUUGUGACUGGAUAAGUCAGGAGAAAACCUUCAAAAGGAAGCUAAUGUUGUUCGUGGAGAGGUCCUUGAAGAGAAACAAGGCCAUGGCAUGUGGAAUGCUGCCCAUUUCGGUGGGCACCUUCUUUGGAACCCUGAAGUUUGCCUAUUCACUGUUUAUGAUCAUUUUGCAGAGGAAUUGA